GGGAGGGAGGAGCACUUGGUGUUCGAAGCCCGACUUGGUCACUUUGGAACUUUAUAUCUCUGCUCAGGGAGGAAGAUCUCACUGAGAAUUUCCUGUUGGGAUCUAAACACCUUUUUCUUUGGGAUUGGAAUAUUCUGUCGUCUUUGGGCCUGCUGGCUGAGGAAGCUACUAGUUGGUGAGUAAUAUGAGGAAGCCUUUAAAUGGGCUAGACCCUGGGAUCCGGCUGCAGGGCCUUUAACUAGAGAAGCAACAUGCAAACCAAUCGGUGAACCGGUGUGGCCUGUCAAACCCCCGCCCUCGUCGCCAACAGCACCAACAACCCAUCUUCGGGUGGGGGGGAUUGUACUCGUACUUCCGCACCACCUGAGAAGCAAACAUGAUGGAGUCCCUCCUGCCAAGAACAAGUCAAGACGCCGUGGCUUCAGCUAGUUUUGCUCCUUUUCUCAGACCUCCUCGCAGUCGCAUGAGGCAGCACUACCAAAGCGUGAGGAGAAAACUGCGGCCUGGGAGAAUUCUGGGCUUUAUCUUCAGCCUAGUGGUGGUCUGCACGGUGUGUUCAUGGAGUGCCUUGUCUCUUGUCACCGCCACGGUGGCCACUGAGCCUCAAUCCAAUCGCUCAGGAGAGGCAGCAGUGCCCCAAAGAACUCUCCUGGAGCACCUCAACGACUCAGACCUUGUGGAGGGCACGGUGGGGGCUCAGCAGACAGAAAUUACGAUGAAUCACGGAGACUACCCAACAGACUACUUCAGCGUGGAGGACAGACGUCAGGGCUUUGUAGUGUUACAUAUGUUUGGAAUGCUGUACAUGUUCAUAGCCUUAGCAAUUGUGUGUGACGAGUUCUUCGUCCCAGCGCUGACUGUUAUCACCGAGAAGCUGGAGAUAUCUGACGAUGUAGCGGGAGCCACCUUCAUGGCAGCAGGCGGCUCCGCUCCAGAGCUUUUCACCUCCGUCAUUGGAGUCUUCGUCUCGCACAGUAACGUGGGUAUCGGCACCAUCGUGGGCUCCGCUGUCUUCAACAUCCUGUUUGUGAUCGGGAUGUGCGCCCUGUUCUCCAAAGAGGUGCUGAACCUCACCUGGUGGCCUCUGUUCAGAGACGUCUCCUUCUACAUUGUCGGCUUGCUCAUGCUCAUCUACUUCUUCCUGGAUAAUCAAAUCACAAUGUGGGAAAGUAUAGGCCUGCUCAUGUGCUACACCACCUACGUGACCUUUAUGAAGCUCAAUGCCAGAAUAGAACUUGUCAUCAAGAGACAGCUGGGCAGCAACCAGGUGGACAUGAUAGAGACGACACCCAAGGUCAGCACCCCUGCUGAUGAUGAGAACAAACUGAUGGCCAAACCGAGGUUGCAGAGGGAAGGCAGCUGCGCUUCACUACACAACUCCCUGAUGAGAAACAGUAUCUUUCAGCUAAUGAUACACACACUGGACCCUCUAAGCGAUGAAGGACGAUUCAAGGAGAAGGCGUCCAUCCUUCACAAAAUGGCCAAACAGAGGUGUAAAGAGGAUGCUGUUAAUGCCAACGGUGUAGCUGAUAAAAAAAUUCCCAACAGUUCAAAUGUCGCUGUGGAAGUCACGCCACCCAUGAAUGGGAUUGCAGGAGACGAGGGGGGUGAGGAGGAAGAGGAAGAUGAAGACCAGCCUCUGAGUCUGGCCUGGCCCGACACCAACAGGAAACGUAUCACGUACCUGGUCAUCCUCCCAAUUGUCCUUCCUCUCUGGCUCACACUGCCUGACGUCAGAAGAGAGUCCUCAGAAAAGUUCUUUCCCAUCACCUUCCUUGGUUCCAUCUCUUGGAUCGCUUUCUUCUCCUACUUGAUGGUGUGGUGGGCUCAUCAGGUUGGUGAGACAUUCUGGAUCACAGAGGAGAUCAUGGGUUUGACUAUCUUAGCUGCCGGUACCUCCAUCCCUGACCUCAUUACCAGUGUGAUCGUCGCCCGAAAAGGCCUCGGUGACAUGGCUGUGUCCAGCUCAGUGGGCUCCAACAUCUUUGACAUCACAGUAGGUCUGCCCUUCCCGUGGCUCGUCUUCAACAUCAUCAACGACUUCAAGCCGGUGGAAGUGAGCAGCAACGGCCUCUUCUGCGCCAUUGUCCUGCUCUUCCUCAUGCUCCUGUUUGUCAUCGUCUCCAUCGCAGCCUGUAAGUGGAAGAUGAGCAAACUGCUGGGCUUCUUCAUGUUCCUGCUCUACUUUGUUUUCCUCAUCAUCAGCGUCUUGCUGGAGGACAAAGUCCUCACCUGUCCCGUCACUAUUUGAGAGACAAGCCUCAUAUGUGACUUCUGUCUAUCACACUCACACUCAAAUACAUCAGCGUCUAGUUAUAAACACACACACACACACAUGCAUUGUCUGAGCUCAGCUAGAAGAAGACUUCAUGCAUCGAGGCCCUCCAGUGGCCUGUUUGGUGGCACUGACGCCAUGUCAUACUUCCCAUCAGCCCCCAAACUACAGUUAGUGGGUUGAAACCUACUUGAAGAGACUAAUGGAUCAGUUACCUGAACGAGGAUGAAGAAAUACAAACUUUUCCUGCUUAUAAAAGCGGUAAUAAAUGAUAUAUGAAAAGAGGACUCCAAUGGACAUUAUGUUUGGUUAUAAAACUCCGAAAGUGAUCCUCGGCAUCGUUGGGAAAAAGAGAAACAAAGCAACCUUAGAGGUGUGAUGGCUAGAUGUUUUAGAUUUUAAAUGUUUUCAUUUUCGCGAAUGUCAUUCAAUUUGUUUAUUUAGAAUCAUUUGUGCUGGUACGCUAUAUUCAUCUCACAAAUAACAAACCUACGGUACUGCACAUACUGUAUUGGCUCAAGUACCCAGUAUCCCUACCUAUAUAAAAGUACUGUACAGUAUAUGUGUGUUUUUCAUACAGUAUGUUUAUGGACACAACAUCUUUGUGUUCUGUAUGCCUUUAAACACACCAUUUCCCAUCUGUGUCCUCCUCUGUUGCUGCUGGCCCUUCAUCGUUGUUGUUCACAUGUGUUCUGUGUGAAAUCACUUUUGUCUUUCACUCAGGAGGAUGUUUAGGUCAGCUACGCUAUUAAAGUGGUUCAAUAAUAUCAAAAGGCAAAAGUUGUCGCAAUGCGACUGUCAAUAAGCAGAAAGGAAGUGAUGAAUAAAAAAUAUACAUAUGCUUUGUCCUACUGGGAAUUUUUUCCCGGAAAAAUCACUUGUCAGGGCUCUCAGGUUCUCCCAUACUCAGCCAAGCAUACCAACAUGGUCCUUGCUUAACCGAAUAAUUAAAAUUCUGAAGGAACUCGUAGGUCGUCAAGACCAAGUCCGAAUGAAUUCAUGAGAUUAUCCAUUCACGGUGUGUUCAUACAUUGUUUGCCAUGUGCUAAAACCUCGUAGAUAUGCACUUCUGUUGACAUAAUUUGAAUCAGAUGACGUUACAAGCAGCAGUACUACACAAUGUAGUACUUUUCCACUCGGCAUCCAAUGUAACGAUCUGUAAAGGUGAUGCAUGUUCAUAAAUGUAUUUGCAAUUGUAUUUGGGAGCACAGUAUAAUCAGAGUUUCAAACGCAUUUAGAGGUAUGGAGGAAUGAAUAGCGGGCUCUUUCAAAUAUGAAAUAACAGUAGCUUAUGUACUGUUAAUUAAACAUUUUGUCUUUUUAUGUCAGACAUACAGGAUGAUUGAAUUUCAAGAUAUAGACUAUGUCAUGAAAAAAUGCAAUACAUCAUAGAAUAACACCCUCCUUUGCAUUUCUUCACGGUUAUGUGCUGCAAAUGUAAUUUGUAGCAGUGCAACUUUUUUAAACAGCACAAAAUUAAGUACAGUAAAGGUGAUUUCUGAAAAGAUUUCUCGAUCUGAGUCACUAUUGUUUAUUUUUCCCUUAUAAUAAUUUAACUCGACUGACAUUAUUGUCCUCAUAUGUGUUUUAUUUUGCUUUUGUGUGUACAAAACUGUCAAAGACUGUAUAUAACCUCCUACAUGUAAUCAUAGUCAACUCAAUGUCUGUUCUCAGAAAUCUGCUUUAGGCCGCUCAUGCAGUAACAUUUGAUUAUCUGAGACUGAAAGUUGCAGAAACAUCAACAAAAGUCCAUCUUUGGAUGUCAUGACAAAAGAUUUUUUUUUUUAUUUCCAUCCUAAAUUAUGCAAGUGUGGAAUUGUUUUAAUUUAUUAUUACUUGAAGCAUGUAUUGCAAUGUCAAAACUACUGUAUAUUGCUUGACUCAUUGUGUAAAAUGAUUAAAUAAAUAAACGGACAAACAACAGUA